AUGGAGAUCAUCUUUAGAAUAGUUGAGGGUGGCGACUUCUACCACUCCGCGAGCCCCCUGGACAUUGUUGACGAAGAAAAUAAUUAUAGUAUUAUGCACAACAUUACCUAUUCAUUCCAUAACAUGAAGAAGUUAUUGGAUUUUGGAAGAAAAGCACUUUUCUAUGUCAGGGUUCUUUCGGGUUACGAAGAACGUAAAAUUCGAAAUCAUAGAUUACAACUUGAGCAGCGUCUCCAACAGGCACAAGAAAGAAAGGCAGCCUUGAGAAAGAUCCCUGAGCAGUUUGUAUUAGCAGAAGUUCGCCGUAUGGUUGAGGAAAUGCAAAAUUUAAACAAGAAGAUAGACGAAAUUGAGGCCUCAUUUGAAGAUCAUUUUAAUCCAAUUGACAAGAAAGCUGAGAUUAUAAUGAAGACACAGCUUGAAGGGGAGGAGUCGUCGAUGAAGGAGAUGACGAAGGCCAUGCAAGCUCAGGCUUUGCUUGAAGCAGAAAAGAUUGCAAAUGUGAAUGAUGCGGACACAAAUCUAAGUAAUCAGGAGACGGAAUCCACCACCAAACAGCAUGCUCAGAUGAGAUGA